AUGGCCCCCGCCGUGUCCGUCGUCCACGAGAAAGAGAAGCUACAGGUGGCCAGCAUGCUCAAAUAUCUCGUCUCGAGCAUCGGCCUCACACCGGCAGACGCUAUGACAGUAGCUCAGGCAUUGUUCAAUGCCAAGCUGGACUCGGUCGCGAAGAUGAGCCAGCUCACCGAAGGCAAGUGUGUCUCGAUCGGUAUCAAGAACGUGGACGCUCGCAAGCUGCUCGUCUCGAACGGCAAGAAGCCCAAGCCGGCCGCACAUCAACCUCCCGGCAUGAUCGACUUGAUGGGCCAACGAACGCAGACAGUCGACGCUGGCACACCCUCCUCGAAAUCGAGUGCCUCCAAACGGAAGCGAGACAGCGACCUCGACCGUCCCCUGCCGGCCCAGCCUACAAAGCAGAGAUCAUCUGCACUUGCAUUCGAUUUUGAAGAGAUCCUCGACGAAGAAAGACUCGAGACCGCAUCCGUCGUCGUCAACCGAGCACCGAUCAUGUCAGCAUGGGCGACUGUCGUUGCCGAGCGACUCGAUUUCUCACGACCAGAGGCACUCAGCCUUGCAGCUGCCUACACGGAAGCUAACGCGACUUCCAAGGGCGUUUCUCUCGGCAUCAUAUCGGCCUCAGAGGGCAGAGUGGCUGCAGGUGGGCCUGCCCAGCCCUAUGUUGAUCUACUGGGGCGACGCAUCUACGUGCUCGCGCUCCAAGAUGGCACGUGGCGCGGCGUAUCCAAGGGCGUCAUGGCCGAGCCCCAGACGAGCUUUGAUUACAUCAAACGAGCCUGCAGACAGCAGACCGGCGUCGUCGUUGGCGCUAUGCGCCUGCUGGCUCAAUCUUUCACAGAUCCGGACGAGCUCAAUCGGGUGGGCUUCGGUCUGUAUGCCGAUUUCAGACCUGCCUUGGAUGACUCGGCUCAGAUGGGCUGGGGUAAGCGCGCGGAAGUCAAGAUCAAGGCUAUCCUUGACCUGCGCCGUGUCCCUGUCGCUUCCGAGACCGCGGUCAACCAAGCAAAGACUGACAACGUUGACGAAUUUGAUGCCUUGCUCGACGACGACCUCGCAGGCCUCGAUGAUUUGCCUAUCAUCGUACCACUCAGUACCCACCCCCAUCGAGCAAGCGUCCUUCUCUCGAGCCUGCUACCCCGAGACCUUGCAGAGAAGAGCCAAAUCCCUGUGGCCGCCCCAUGUGCAGAUGGCCUGUCCAAGCGGAGUCCUACCGUGGAGCAAGCCGUCCGCGUGAGCGCUAGUGGAGAAGUGCUACGAACGUCACCUGCAGUAGAGGAGAUGACGGUCAUUAUUUGGAGUCGCCUCAUACACAUGGGUAUGCACGCCUUGGGAUCGUCGCAGUAUGUCGGAGCGAUCCCGGUAUGGUCAGGCAAUAUCGCCGAUGCAAAGUCGCUGCACUUCUACAUUGGCGUAGACGAGUAUCUCAGAAAGUCUAGUCCCAAGCGCGACUACAUCAUCAGGCGAACGGAGCGGCUCGCUGGCAACGGCUGCUUCGCUUUGGCGGUCAUACCUCACCAUACGCAACUACUCUCGUGCCCAGAGAGAUACAGAGCACGCGGUCGAGCAUGCCUUCCAGAGCAUCUGCAUACUGCAGCUUUUGUGGUGUCUUCUCGCGAUUACAUCAUGUUGUUUGAUCAUGAUAGCACCGUUGCCGCAUUGCCGCCACGUCGAUAUCAUCGCGAGAGCUUCUGCGAUGCAGCUAUCGAUAAGCGACGACAAUUCGCCCGAGAUGGUCACGCCAAGCUUGCAAUUGAUUCACCCGAUUGGUCAAUGGACGAAAGCGAGACCGCAACAUCCAUAGAGCAUGCACCUCUCACUACACUCGGACUCCGUCCCAGUCGCAGUCCUCCCAUGUCCAGGCUCACAGCCCAAACACUGGCCCGGCCCGAGCUGACUUCGAGCGUGGGCGACCCGCCGUUUGUCUCGAAUGAACGGAUCUCUCGAUCUACUGGCACCCUACGCCACCUCCCGACGGACCGUCAAGUAGUGCGGCGCGGCUCGAGCUACCAGGAGCAUGUCUCCGUGAUCAACAGCGAUGUCGACGCUGAGCGCUGGCGUCGCACAGCACCCGUAAGCUAUCCCGCUGACUCUCUGGGAACAUCUUCGCCGCCGCGCUUGGCAGCGGCAUUCGUACUGCCUGCAAGCAACACAGUCGACGAGCUCGCACCUGUCACACCUGCGUUUGCGCCCGCUCUGGGCACUGCCUUUGAUUCCCGCACCAUCAGUGCUUCAUCGACUCAGUCUCGCCCAAGCUCCAUGGAGGAUUCGAUUGACAUCGACUCCACCGUGGCGAUAGCAGCCGACUCUGAGGAUGACGCACCGUUCGCUUUCGAUGCAGAUCCAUCGCGAGUUCAUCACACGCUCCCCCUUCGGCCGUGGCAAAGACGCCCUCUUCUACUCGGACAGCCUGCACCUGAACAGUCCACACCGGAGACCUGGCUACCGUCGGUGUCCCAUCUGGCAGCACCCGAGAUGGCUUCCUCUCGGCCUGUCAUCGGCUGGCGGCUGCGACCGGCUGGUAGCCUCGACAUAUCGCCCAACCUGACGCAUGCGAAUGCAAUGCCGCGGCCGCCGCUUCGGCGCAAUGCCACCUCACUCGCAUCGCCCGAAGAGAUCUCAUCGGAAUCUUCUAGCCCCUUCCUGCCUCGUCACGGAGCUCCGACAGCGGUACCUCAUCCGCAGUCCGCUGCUCUUAGCGAUCUCUCAGAGACUCGCAGACGGAUUGAAGCCAGUGUAGAUGCGUUGCAAGCGACAAGAGUAUCGCUUCAACAGGCCAAUACUGCCCUUGUCACAAGCGGCGAUAGUCUGCGCAGACGGACACUCAGAUCAGAGAGCGAGACGUCAGAUUCAGGCUUGUGGGGUGACAUACACGUUGCCUCACCUGUACGGCCUCGGAGCAGCGUUGUCAGUGCAUCAUCUACAGCGCAGCGACGCGCUGGAGGUUUAGGCACACUGGGACGUCUGCGCGGGCCAACUCGAUCGCGCAACGAGCAAUGGAUGCGUGGCGAGCCCUUGCCGGGUCACACGUCUCUGGAGCCUGCACCUGCGCAGACGUCAGAUACCUUUGAUCCGCUUACUGCGCCUUCGCUAGACGGGCGGAAUCCUUGGCGCUCAGAUCGUCAAUAUUCCUUUGCGCCACACAUCGAGACGGCCACACAGCGGCCACGUCCUCAGACUUCUCGCCUGAACUCAGCAGAAGUAUCCCCCCGACGGCAUAUCGCCCGUGUCGCUGACACCAAUAAUCUCGGCAAUCGGCAGACGAGCAUCCAACGACCUCACAACUUCAGACGCGUCCGCUCAUUUGAGACAGGCGACUCCACGCCUGCAUUGCACGACGUCUCUCGGGCGGCAGCCGCGUCGAUCGACGCCAGCGCGCAUGCUGAGCGUCAUUACUCGCCCAGCCGUCAAGGGGCACGUCAUUUACGUUCGCGGGAAGAACGCAGCAAUGACAUUGCCACCCGCCUCGCCGAGCUACGGGCCGGAAGAGCUCGAGUCAAUGGCACGCGCGGCCAUCACCCAGAUCUUGACGCCCUCAUUCGGGACCUAGCCCUGCCUGGCCCUCGCGAUGAUUCCGAAGAGAUACUUGAUCAAGUGCGCGCAAUCGAUCGCCAAUAUCGCUCGGAUGUCUCUCGUUCGCGAGGCAGCAUGUCCAAUCAGCGACAUCGUCGGGCGCUUCGAGAUCAGCCGCCACUUAGCAGCAGCGAAGCUAGCUACGAGGCCUUCGCGGACGGUGCUAUCCGACCUUGGUUGAUGCGCCCGCCUGCUAUCUUUCAACGUCUAGCAGACGAACUUAGACAAGUCGAUUUCUGGUUCGGAGGCGAGGCGAAUAUUGCCGGUAAUCUCGAGAAUUACAUGGAUGAUGAUUCUCUCGAUACCUCUUAUGAGGCACUGCUCGCGCUUGCAGAUCGCGUCGAUCAAGUGACACCAUUGCUGAAGGGCUACUCAUCGCGACGCAUCAACGCCUUGCCGAAAUUUACAUAUUCUGAGAUCAUUUCCGGCAUGCCAGAUGUCAAGCUACCCAGCGAGACUCGCUGCUCAAUCUGUCUGGAGGAAUACAAGCCGACAGAUGUGCUGCUUCACAUGGCCUGCUCCCAUGCACUGCACGAGCCUUGUCUCGAUCAUUGGCUACGCUUGGAGAAGUCCUGCCCCUUCUGCCGGCAAGAUGCCUGCGAAUGA